GGGUCUUUUCGGGAGCAGGAGGAACUGAACCCGACCAUAUCUCAAACUCGACAGCUUUAUCCGCAGCUCCGAUCAGAUACAAGCCGCCCCAGAGGUCCCAUCGGCGUAGCGUAGCGGCUCCGACCAUGAAGAUCCAAAAACAACAAUGGGGAGUGGAUGAACACUUUCCUGAAGAAAUCAUAGACAAAAUCCUGUUGAAAUUGCCCGUCAAAGACGUAAUCAGAUGCAGCGCCGUGUGCAAGUUAUGGAACUCUCUCAUUAAAAACCCUACCUUCAUUCAAACCCACCUCAAGAAUCAAACCCACGACGGCAUUUCGAAGCGCCUCCUGCUCAUCUCCCGCCAAUCAUACGAUUUGCAUUGGGAUAACCCUGCAGCUUUAUUCGGUCAGUAUUCCAACCUCCGAAAUCCAAUUCGCAACAGUAAUUGGACCAAAGGUAUCGGUGGCCAAGUGGUCGGAACUUGUAACGGACUUGUAUGCCUUGCUGUUUCCUCAAUUCACGGUGACCCCUGCCCUCCUGUAAUCCUCUGGAAUCCAUCCAUUAGAAAGUUUGGGUUUUUGCCUAGUCCCAGUCGUGCCGUUGAUUGCUACAGGUAUGAAAGUUAUUAUCUCUGCUAUGAUUCUCGUAUAGAUGAUUAUAAGGUUGUGAGAAUUGUGAAGGAACCCUAUUGCCAGGUUGAGGUUGAGGUUUGGUCCUUAGCCUCAGGAAGUGCUUGGAAGAGUCUUAAUAAUGUUCCUGCCGAUUUUUCCCCUAUUACAUCUCGUCAUGCUUUUGUCAAUGGUGCUUUUCACUGGGUUCAACGCCGCCUGACAAGGGUGGAGGAGGAGGAGUGUACAGUUUCCGUUGUGGCAUUGGACAUGGUUGAUGAAUCAUUUCGCAAUGUCGAGAUUCGCCAAGGUUUUUGGAGAGACAGUCCACCCAUUAUUUCAAGUUACCAUGGUGAUGGGGAUCAGUGCUGGCUUGCCUUAUCUGAGAUUCAGGGAAUCUCUUGUUUUGACUUGUGGGUGAUGAAAGACUACGGUGUGGCCGAAUCAUGGACUAAAUUAUUCAGUGUGCGUCUGCUAGGAUCUCCGGAAGAAGAACCUUGUAUCGAGCCAUUUGUUUUUACAAAGAGUGGUCAGGUGGUGGUCAGAAUGGGUCGUCACGGAGAGCUCAAUUCGUUCAAGUCUUAUGACCCCAAGGAUAAACAGUUUAGAGAUUUUGGAAAUCAGGCAUAUGACUACUACUUCAUGGAUUCUUUCGUGGAGAGCCUUGUCUUACUUGGCCAAACCAAUGUUUUUUCUUAUUGAGGAGGGACUCAACAACAGCAGCUACUACCAAUGCGGCUUGCUUUGCUCUCUGUUUGGAUGAAAAUAUGUAUCAGCCAAACCAAGAGAGAUUUAAAUUUGUGCCAAACGAGGACUUUUAGACUUUCUUUUUCAUGUGCUAAUUAUAUCUUCAUAAAUCUAGCAACUCUUUCGUUGCCAAACCAAGGUGAUGGCCUUGGCUUUCUCUGCCUGCAUUGAGUAUGUACGUCUUCAUCUCUUAGUAAUGAGACAAAAGAAACAUACUACCAAAGUACAGACGAAGCAUAAUUCUCUGGAAUGAACAUGUUUUUGGUUUCCAUCCUUUGGAUCACUAGCUUGUUUGAAACAAUCCAGGAAAUUACCUGUUAAAAUAUGGAAUCGUGGCUGAGGCGAAAUCCAAGGUUGAUGUAGCUUACUAAUGAUUUUUAAUUAGGAAAAGUAGGCCCAAUUAGAUGCCUUUGUUUAAACUAGACAGUUUAAUCCACCAAGCAAUCUGUUGAAGAAAGAAGCACCAGCAACAUCAAUAGUUCAGGGAAGAAGAUAUGAAAACUCUUGGCUGGAUCAUGAGAUGGAGAUGCUACAUCGAAUUUCCUUUUGCUUGAGCAUCUUCAUUUUCUUGGCCCUUAGUGCUGCUGUCCUCACUUUCAAAGUUCUAAACACUGACAUGGAGCAGUUGUGUUGCAUCAGCGAUGGAGAUAAUAAGACAGCAACAACUACUGUAAUUGACUAGCCAAAUUUAUAGCUCGCAAGUUGCUGUGAGUGUUGGUCAGACUCAGAAAUUACAUAGCUUAGACUCAUAAUGUUCUUUUCUUUCUAGCUCCCUUCUAUUAAUCUGUUAUUUUAUCCAUUGUAUCAAGUUCUAACACCAAUUUCAGAGCAGUAUGUUGGAGUAGUAGUACUGAACUCUCUGGAUUAUAUGUAUU